AUGCUAGAAAUCAAAUUACGUCUGCAGUCUAUGAAUAUUGAGUUUGAUCAUAUUGGACGUCGUUUACGUUUCUUUGGACAUGUUAUUAAUAUUGUGGUAAAAGCAUUUCUUUGGGAAGAUACGGCAGAGGCAUUUGAGGAGGAUAUACAAAGCCUUCAAAACCGCCGGAAAGAGGAACAAGAGCUCAUUGGAUGGCGUCAAAAGGGACCGAUGGGGAACCUAUACAAUAUCAUUACGUGUAUAGGAUGCAGUCCGCAAAGGCGGGAACCCUUUGAAGAGAAGGUAAAACUGUCAGACCCAGCUACGAAUCCACUAUCCUUGAUACAGGGGAAUGAUACACGAUGGAGUGGGGAUUAUGAUUCAAUUGUUCGAGCUUUCAAAUUGAGAGAAUCGAUUGAGGAUUUUGUUUCCGCCACCAUUAGAAAGAACGUGGAGGGUGCAGGAGAGGAGAAUAUCAAAGCCCUUAAAUGGGAUGAGCUGAGUACUCAAGAUUGGGAUGAGCUUCGUGAUAUCAUUGAUAUUCUAGGACCGUUCCGGAAAUGGCAGCUCAUAUUGCAGGGAAAGACACAUAACGGGGCACUGCAUGACAUUUUCCCGGCUAUGGAUGAGCUUCUCACUCAUUUGGAGGACACCCGCACCCGGUACUACGACCUUACCGGUCCUACUCCUGUGCAUAUGAGUGCAAUUGCACUCCAUCCUGAAAUGAAGCUGGAUUAUUUUGAUGGUGAAUGGGAAGACAAGCCUGAAUGGAUAUCGAAUGCGCACAAUUCUUCGCGCAGACUUUGGGAAACUGAAUACAAACAUGGCUAUAUUAGAAAGAAAUCGUCAACUCCGAAUAUUGAUGAGGAUGAUGUGUCUGCAGCGGCGGCCCCUACUAUAAUCCAUGAUAGAGAGGUGGAUGAAUUGCCUAUCUCGAAACGAAAGAAAAGAGCCCGUCUUGCAGGAUCAAAUCAGGACGAGUUUGAGCUUUUCCAGCCGCGAGACUGUGAUGAGGAUUUAACAUUGGGUCCACUCCAAUAUUGGGUACAAAGAAAUGAGCCAAGACAGAAGCAACGCGAAAGGAUGGGCAUUGAGAUACAUAGCAUACCAGCAAUGUCUGCUGACCCUGAACGGCUGUUCAGCAGCUCUAAGCUGCUCAUAUCAGACCGCCGAAAUCGAUUGGGAGAUGAUAUCAUUGAGGCGUCAGAGUGCCUAAAGUCUUGGGCAGCAGAAGGGUUAGUGCUUUCAGAGGAGGUGUCGGAUAUCUCACAGAUGGAACUCAUGCUACGAGAUCUUGAACUGCAGGUCACUACAACUAUAUAG